UUUACAGUGUGAGGUCGCUAAGUAGCUCGGCAGCGGCAGCAUCAUGGCGGAGCAAGGCGAAUCUCCGGCUGCUGUCCAAAAUCCGCAACCACUGCUGACAACGAGCUGGCCAAUUACCAGGGAGUCGUACGAGUUGCAGGAAGUCAUAGGCAGCGGGGCCACAGCCGUAGUCCAGGCUGCUCUCUGCAGUCCCAGACAGGAGCGCGUGGCCAUCAAGAGGAUCAACCUGGAGAAAUGCCAGACCAGCAUGGAUGAGCUGCUGAAAGAGAUCCAGGCAAUGAGCCAGUGCCACCAUCCUAACGUGGUCACCUACUACACCUCGUUUGUGGUGAAGGAUGAACUCUGGCUGGUCAUGAAGCUCUUGAGUGGAGGAUCCAUGCUGGAUAUAAUUAAGCACACCAGCAAAGAAGAGCACAAAAACGGGGUGUUAGAUGAGAUCCUAAUUGCCACCAUCUUAAAAGAGGUUCUGGAAGGGCUGGAUUACCUGCACCGAAACGGGCAGAUCCACAGGGAUGUGAAAGCUGGGAACAUUCUGUUAGGAGAGGAUGGUUCUGUUCAGAUUGCAGACUUUGGGGUGAGCGCCUUUCUGGCUACCGGAGGAGACAUGACCAGGAACAAAGUUCGCAAGACGUUUGUGGGCACGCCAUGCUGGAUGGCUCCGGAGGUGAUGGAGCAGGUACGAGGCUACGACUUCAAAGCAGACGUUUGGAGCUUUGGCAUCACAGCUAUCGAGCUGGCCACCGGCUCCGCCCCCUACCACCGUUACCCUCCCAUGAAAGUCCUAAUGCUCACCCUACAGAACGACCCUCCCACUUUAGACACCGGCGUGGAAGACAAAGAGCUGCUGAAGAAAUACGGCAAAUCCUUUAGGAAGCUGAUAACGCUGUGCCUUCAGAAGGAGCCUGCAAAGAGGCCGACAGCAGCAGAACUUCUGAAAUGUAAAUUCUUCCAAAAGGCCAAGAACAGAGAAUAUCUGAUCGAAAAGCUGUUGUGUCAAGCUCCCAAGAUCGCCCAGAGAGCGAAGAAGGUCAGGAGAGUUCCUGGCUCCAGCGGUCAUCUCCACAAGACGGAAGAUGGGGACUGGGAAUGGAGUGACGACGAGCUGGACGAGGGGAGCGAGGAGGGCAAGGCUGCUGUGAACCAGGGCAGGUCCCGCAGGGUCAGAGAAGAGAUCCAAGACAAUGAGGAGAAUGCCAACAGUGUUCCUAUUGAAGGACUUUCAAUUCAGCAUCCCCAGGUUCAGCCGUUUGAGAACGCGUCCUACGUCCAAGGUGCCGUGAACAUGGUCCUGAGGCUGAGGAACCUGAGGAAGGAGCUGAACGACAUCCGGUUUGAGUUUACUCCAGGAAGAGACACUGCUGACGGCGUCUCCCAGGAGCUGGUCUCAGCUGGACUCGUCAACGGCCUGGACGUCGUCGUUGUUGCUGCUAACCUUCAGAAGAUUGUAGACGACCCAGCGACCUACAAAGUGUUGACCUUUCGACUGGUAUCCGGGUGUGACGACACGGAGAUCCCAGACGAGGUGAAGCUGAUGGGGUUCGCCCAGCUGAGUGUGUGUUGAUGGUCCUGCUCAGGGCCGGCCGUACGCACAGUAGCAGGUGAGGAGACAGACUGAGGAACACCUUCGAACCCCCCCCCACCCUCCCCCCACGCACACACUUGCCAUCCCCCCUCACACACUUGCCA